GGCCCUCGCUCUCCACCCCUUGUGUUGGCUCCACGUCUCUCCACUUCCCUUGGCUCCUCAUCUCCAAGAACGCAUCAAGAAUGCAGCGGCCAGAUUAUGUGCAGCAUGUUCCCCUUCUCCUUCCACUCUUUUUUCCAAUAAAUUUGGCCUCCGCUGCUGCAUCUCUUUGGUUCGCCUAUCAAAUCUGCACCUGUGCGAGUCGCCUCCUCCUGCGCUCACCAGUCCGCCUCUGGGGAACGCCAUGGGGCAAGGAUGCUGUCCGCCGCCGUGGGCCAUGUCGAGGAGCACCGCUGGAGAUCAGGAGGGACAACUUCAGUUCAGGCUCUUUCUCCCUCACCUUCUUCUUUGGUUCCUACCUCUCUUUUUCAGUGUGUGACUGCGUGUGUUUGAUUAUGUGUAGAUAUUCAAGUAACAGUAGACUGCUAUAUACACAAUUUGGGAUGACUUGUAUUUCAUAUAAUCUUUUCCCUAUUUGAUAUUUUAAGAAUUCCUUCUGGCAGUUGCAUUCAGAGUUUCAGACUAUUGGAUCUGCGAGGCACCAGCAACAGUGUUGAAUAUGAAGAGGCCUACAUCUUUCUGAUGAUGCUCUCCAGCAGAUUAUGGACAAGGCAGUCAAGUAGGUGGACUUGAACAACAAUAGGUGGGCAGAUCCUAACGAAUGGGAAGCGUUCCGAAGUAAAAAUCUAACCUUGCUGAAGAACAUGACUCUCUCUUACCCAGAAUAAAGAAUCAUAACAAUGUCAUUCACUCUCAACCUGCGCUACAAAAAUAUUUGUAUAUGCAAUUUAUGUCGACAACUGUGAUAUCAUAUAUGUCCUAGAUGACAAGCUUAAUUUAAGAUUUGGUCAGAGCCCACCUAAUGCAAGUGUCGGAUGAUUUUCCGCUGAUGGCAAGGAUCUAGGACGAUUUGGUGGUUCUUACUGCAUAGUAUUGUUGCUGCUCAAUAUACAAGUAUGACAGUUUCCUGCGAGGGGCUUAAACGGGGCUGCUGGCACCCUCAUACAACAGUCCUGCCCUGCCCUCCCAGUUCGAUUGACAUCUAUGGUUUUAAGCAUGCUGCCAGUUGCCUGCCACUCGGUGAGAGACCUAUGUGAUAUUAUUCUUUCACGGAGCCUCAUUUGAAGUACCUCUAUUCAGGUUGCUACUCAAUUGAUUCUUACAAAAUGUUCCGCAGCAACGCGCGGGGAAUCAUCUAGUUAUAAACAAAAAUGAAACACACUCUAGGUGGAGGAAAAGUAUAAGGGAGAAAGGGGGAAGUCCCGCGGGGCCCACCCACGUACUCAUAUCACGUGUGGGGUUGAAUCGUGGCGAGCGAGUUGGCCAAAAGUUCGGCCAACUGACCAGCUACAAGCGUUUACCAAUUUUUAAGGACUCAAAAUCAACUGAGAUCUUCUAUUUGAAACUGAGUCACUCAAUUUUGACCAGGUUAACAAUAUUUAAUGCAUGAUACUUCUUAGUUUUAGAGCCCUCUCAUUAAAUUGCGGUGUUACAUUUGAAUUUGGUUUAUAAUUUUGACUGGGUCAACAAUUUCUCAAGGAGCUCUCUUAUUCAAUUAAGGUAAUUAAUUUUGGAUUUGAUUCACGAUUUUUAUUAGGUAAGCAAUUUCUCAAUUAAUCGGCAGCAACCAGCCUAAAAACACAUCGGUCCCGCACAUCCUCUCAGUACCUAGAAAAUUGAAGCGUCAAUAUGUGACACUGUAGUUUCAGUAUAAUACAUGCACACACCAACGUAAGAAACUUCCCUAUAUAAAUACGAGUUGACUAGUAGAUAAGCCAUAAUCACACUGCCAAGAAAGCCCACCAGAACACUGCAUUAUAAAAAACAUACACACACACCAUCUUCCCCACGCGUCAAACCAAAUAACAAACAAAAAAUUGAAAUCGCAAGAACACAAGCAGCAUGGCAAAGCGCGCUCAACCCUUGCAGUAUACACUAUGCUUCCUAAUUUUUAAGGCCUCACAAUUACUUAAGGUAUUCAAUUUAGAAUUGGGUCAUCCAAUUUUGACUGGGUAACAAUUUCUCAAGCUCUCCCAUUCAAUUCUAUUAGUUCACUAUGUUCCCAAAAUUUGAAGCUCUUUCAUUCAGUUAUGGUAUUCAAUAUUGAUUUGGCUUACGAUUUUGACUGGACCAACGAUUUUUCGAAUCAAGCAGCAACAACCAACAUAUAAAAACAUUUCAAUCCCACGCACUCUCCCACCAUCUAGAAAAAAAAGUGUUGCCAUGUGAUAUUGUAGCAUCAAUAUAGUACAUGCAACCACCGACACAUAAAAAUCCCAUAUAAAUAUAGCUUGGUUAGCGGAUAACACAGAAUCACACCAUAAAAGGCCACCAAAUCACCGCAUUAUAAAUAAAAACAAAACAGACUCUAUCAUCUCCCCCACCCGGCAAACUAAAUAUUCCAUUAGUUAUAAAAUAUAAGGGGUGUUAGUUUCUUAGAAAAUCAAUUUUCUUUAACUUUGACCAAGUUCAGAACAAAAAUAUCGACAUCCACAAUAUUAAACAAAAAUAAUAUGGAAAUUCAUUUUGUGAUGAAUCUAAACCGAUGUGAUAUUAUGGAUUUUAAUAUAUUUCUCUACAAAUUUAAUCAAACUUAAAAGGUUUGUCUUUUCAAAAAAAAUAACAAUACAUCUUAUACUUUGAAACAGAGAGAUUUUCUUUUAAGAAAACCAACAAGACGAACGGCACAGCAAAGCGCGCACAACUCUUCUAAUAUAUCUCAACUGCGGUUAUUACUGUAAUUAAUAAACCGGUUAAGGGCAUCUACAAUGCCAGGAGCUUACACAGGCGCUUAUGGAAAAAAAAUCUGAAACACACCUAAGCGCCUCAUCCCUCAACGCUAGACGCUAAUUAACUAAACAACGUAGACGCUAAGUGUUAGAAGGAAAAUGACCCGCCCGCUGCGUGGUUUGGCGUCGAUGCCAGGGUUGACACCAGGAUUACACUCGGCAACCGCUAAUUAAGGAUGGCAAUUUUACCGGUGGGUACGGUUAUCCGCGGAUACCGUACCCGCAUGGGCCGGGUAUGGACACAAAUUUAUAUCCAUGGGUAUUACCCAUACCUUUGUGGUAGGGCACGGGUAUAGCCUUGUACCCGUGGGUAUACCCAUUCCCUAUCCGUUUAGACGGACCCGUGGACCUGUGUAGCUACAUCAUGUGGACGGUGGACCUUACACAACUAGGCAAGUACUCAUCUCUUCCCCGUAAUUAAGCAUCACACCUCGUAAUCUCCUCUCCCAAAAUCAAGGAGAAUGAAAUCCCAGGAGCCGCCCCUCCCCAUUAAUCCUGCCAUAGCCAUACUCAUCGAGCGAAUCGACCCAUCGGCCAUCGUCCUGCAGGUGCCUCCGCGAGCAUGGAACCGGUGGCGUCGCCACCGGCCUCGAACUCCUGCCUCUAGAUCCUCCUCCAGCCCUCUCCAACUUUGGGUCGCGGCUUGCCGGCAGUGGGCACGGCGGUGUUGUGGUGGUGACGACUGACGAGCGCGCCGGCAAGAGGGCCAAGCCAUGGCUGGAAUCCCACCGCGAGAAUCAAUGGCUUCUCAAGAUGGAGACGAAAGCUCGGCUGCGGCUGGUGCAGGGAAUUUUACCUCAGCUGAUCCUUCGUCUCAACGUGCUACACCAAUAUCUUUAGCUACUCCGAUAUCUCAAGCUGCUACUCCAACAUCUCAAGCUGCUACUGUAACAUCUCAAGCUACAUCUAGCAGAGCUGGUUCUAAGAGGAAGCGAACAUCGGCAGUAUGGGAUGAGAUGGAAGAGAAAUUAGAAAAUGGGCAACUGAAAGCCGAGUGCAAUCAUCGUCACAGAAAAUUUACUGCAGGACCUAGAGCUGGCACAACUCACUUGCGUGUACAUUUGGAAUCUUGUCCUGCUAAGCAUGCACCCAUUGGUCCACAACAACAAAAACUGAGGUUGACCAAAGGUGAAGGUGGCAAAGUGAAUAUGGAAAAUGUCAUUUUUGACCAAGAGAAGGCUAGGAGAGAUCUUGCAUUGAUGAUAUGUGAACAUGAGUAUCCUCUAUCUAUUGUGGAUCAUAGUGGUUUUCGUAGAUUUUGUUCUUCUUUGCAGCCGAUGUUUAAGAUGGUGUGCAGAAAUACUAUUAGGAAUGAUAUUGUGGCUAUGCAUUCUGCUCAAAAGGAGAAGAUGGUGAAUUUUUUUGCAACAUUCAAGCACCGAGUGGCUGUCACUACAGAUUUGUGGACAGCGGGCUAUCAAAAGAGAGGUUACAUGGCUGUUACCGCGCACUAUAUAGAUGAUUCUUGGAACCUAAAGAGCUUUCUUAUGAGGUUUGCUUAUGUGCCCUGUCCACAUUCAGCUGAGGUUAUAUGUGAAGCCUUGUAUGAAUGUCUUGUUGAGUGGCACCUUGAGAGGAAGAUCUCCACCGUCACUUUGGACAACUGCACAUCAAAUGACAAGGCUAUGGGAAUAUUGCCAGAUAAGUUGGAUACAAGCUCUCUCAUGCUGGAUGGUCAAUUACUGCAUAUGCGUUGUGCUGCUCACAUAUUAAACUUAAUUGUAAAGGAUGGAAUGAGUGUCUUAGAGAAAGGUAUAGAGUGGUUGCGAGACAGUGUUGCAUUUUGGUCGGCCACACCUAAAAGGCAUGAGAAGUUUGAAAAGAUGGCAAAAACUUUAAACAUAGAGUAUAACAAAAGGUUAACUCUUGAUUGUAAGACUAGAUGGAAUUCAAGUUAUAUCAUGAUUAGCAUUGCAGUACGAUACAUAGAGAUAUUUGAAAAAUUAAAGGCACGUGAAAAGAAGUUUAAGUGUUGCCCAACCAAAGAUGAUUGGAAGUUUGCAAAAGAAAUAUGUGAUAGGCUGAAGCUCUUCUUUGAUAUCACCGAGUCAUUCUCAGGCACGAAGUAUGUCACAGCAAAUCUUUUUUUCCCUAAAGUGAUUACCAUUCGCUUAGCCAUAAGGAAAUGGGGUAAGAGUGACAUUGAGCUUAUACAAAAAAUGUCCGGGGAAAUGAAGGAUAAGUUUGAGAAGUAUUGGAAAGAUAUCCAUGGUCUUAUGUCUGUUGCAACAGUUCUUGAUCCAAGGUAUAAACUUCAUAUCCUCAAUGCUCUUUAUGGUCCCCUCUAUGGAAGAGAGCAUGCAGCCACAGGAAGGUGAAGAAGUUAUUGAUUCAAUUGGUGAAGUAAUAUAAAGAUGAAGUUGAAGGCGAGGAUGCAUGGGAUGCUUCUGUUGCCGAUCCACUUGGAGAAGAAGAGGAAGCCAUGAAACUCUAUGAUCAGUAUUUGUCUAGUCACCCCACUGUCCCUUCUUCUUCAAUCCAUACAGAAUUAGACUUGUAUUUGGAAGAAGCUUGUCUACCUAGAACACAAGAAUUGGAUAUCAUCAAUUGGUGGAAGGUUAGCGGCUCGAGGUUUCCUCCCUUGCAAAAACUUGCUCGUGAUAUAUUGCCUAUUCCCAUAACAUCAGUGGCUUCCGAAUGUGCGUUCAGCACUAGUGGCAGAGUACUCAGUGCACAUCGUAGUAGACUUACUCCUAAUGUGGCUGAAGCUCUCAUGUGCAUGCAAGCUUGGUCUUGUGCAGAUCUGUUAGGUGGUUGGAAUUCUACACUCUUUUCGACAUUUCAGAGUGUUCUCGAGGAUGAAGAAGAGGAGAUGGAUGAGUCUACUUCAAUCAUCACCCAAGAGUGAAGAUAUUGCCGCUGUUUGUGCUUGGUUGGAACUUGGAAGCUGAUGGCUACUAUUUGUGCUGGUUGGUGGCUCGUGUCUGCUAUCUGCUGUAGCUGCUCUUUGUGUUGGCUCAUCGGUGACUCGAAUGUUUUUAUUUAUUACUUGUCGGAUGUUAUUUGGUGAAGUGUGUCGUGAGUUUGUAAAGCUAUGUUAAAGUUCACCAAUUGUCAAUUUAAAUUGAGGUAAUUGUCAUGUACUCAUCUAUCUGUUAUUUAGUUGAGAUAAUUUUUUUGUCAAA